AUGGAGUGCGGCCGUGGUGUUCCAGCUGCCGGUGUGAAGGCUGAGUUUGUGCCGCCUUGCACUGCGCCAACGCCGACGGCGCCUUCGCCAAUGCCGUCACCGCAGAUCCCAAGAUUGGAGAUGUUGCCGGAUGCGCACAGUUCGGAUGUCGUGCUGCCGUUGCCUGUGUCUUUGGACCAGCUUUACUGUGGAGCUACGAGACGUGUGCGUGUUCAAGCUGAGCAGCUGAAAAGGAUUGCGAAGAAACUGUGGCAGGAUGUUUACGAUGUGAAGAUUCCUUGUGGUGCUCCAGACGGUCACCGAGUAACUUUCAAGGACAAGGUCUGCGGAGGAGGGGACGUCGUCUUCGUUCUUCAGGAGAUGGAGCACAAGACCUGGGAUCGCCAGGGCUGUAACUUGUUCAUCCAGCAGAGUAUCAGCUUGAGAGAGGCGCUCUUGGGCUGCGAGCUGGUGAUCGAGCAUCUCGAUGGGCGUAGGCUACUUGUUCGCUCCAAGCCCGGGGCGACCCUGGUGCCCAAGUGCAGCGAAGAGGAUGCAGGCACAGCCAAGACGGGUGACCUGGAGUCCUGCAAAGAAAUCUGCCGACGGCAUGGCUGGGCCGGCUUCACUUACUGGGAAGACAAAGCUUACUUCCGCGCGCAGGAUCGGUCGAUGCUGCUGAAGCACAGGAGGGCGUCUCGCGGAUCCAUCCUGUUCGUGCGCCCCCAGGCCAAGCAAAUGCAGCAUGCCCUGCUGGGCUACGGGAUGCCGCAGCUGGGCAAGCCAUGGCUCCGUGGCCACCUCUUUGUCCACCUGAAAGUCGACCUGACGGACGUUGGAGAAAAGGUUGCGGCAGCUUUGCAGGCGCUGCCGUCGCCUGGUUUAGACACCUGGACCUCGGAGGACGAUGCGGAGGAGCUCGAGGAGUUCGCCUUGAGCGAUGUGGACGUCUCGGAGAGCCAGCGGCAAAACCAGCGUCUCACGGGAGGCUUCGACGGGGAUCAAGGGCACGAGGAGGCCAGAAAAGAGGGACGCCCGCCUCAAGUCUGCCUGUGGUUCUGGAUACCGGUGGAGUCUAAGUUAAGACACGAUCGCUUGCGAUACUUCAUAUUGAGGUGA